AUGGUACCGGUCCGUGUGAUGGUACGUUCAAAGGGUAACGGUAACGCGAGCAUUUACGAUGAAGCGUGAGAUGCAGUGCCGUGCGGCAUCACCGUAGAGAGCAUCAUCAUCAUCAUCAUCAUCAUCACCAUCAAAGAGGGAGAAGAGGAGGAGGAGGACUGUCGAGGCUGAACGUGGAGGAUGCACCAUCACUGACCCACGAAUCGUUACCGGGAGGAGCGCGAACACGUCCGUCCCUUACGGCGAACUAAUAUUAGCUCGGUUCGGGAUCCCCAUCUGAUGUGAAGCCGCCGGUAUGGACGGGUAGGCAGAGGAGGAGGCCGGCGACCAUCGGUACAUAACGGAGGAGAGAGCCCGGGGACGUCGAGGAGGAGCAGGAUGAAUCCAGUGGAUGGAGCAGGAGAACCGGGCCCGGACGGCCUGGCGACGGCAGGGUCCAGUAAAGCAGAGUGCGUCCGGGCAGGUGACGUCCUGACAGUGCUCAGAGAGAAAGUGGCCUUUGUGUCAGGUGGACGAGACAAACGAGGAGGACCAAUCCUCACAUUCCCAGCCAGGACCAACCACGAGCGAAUAAAACAGGAAGAUCUGAGCCGACUGGUCACAUACCUGUCAACAAUACCAAGCGAGGACGUGCGUGCGCGAGGGUUCACAGUGGUGGUGGACAUGCGUGGUAGUAAGUGGGACAGCGUGAAGCCGGUGUUACGUACUUUGCAGGAGUCCUUUUCCUCCAACAUCCACAUAGCACUGCUCAUCAAACCGGACACCUUUUGGCAGAAACACAAGACCAACCUGGGAAGUGCCAAGCUCAGCUUUGAGACCAGUCUAGUGUCCGUAGAAGGUCUGUCCCGGUUGGUUGACCCUUCUCAAUUAACGUCUGACCUUGGUGGCUCACUGGAGUAUGAUCAUGUGGAGUGGACUGAAUUGCGUCUGGGUCUGGAGGAGUUCUCAGGGGCUGCCACACAACUGCUGAGCCAAUUGGAUCAGCUGGAGGUUGGGCUGACCAGCAUACCAGAACCGCAGGAUGUGGAUGACUCCCGCAAAAUCCUUGAGGAACACAAUCGUCUCCGUAACACCAUCGCCACAGCCCCGGUUGACACCCUCAACCGAGAAGGGAGGAGCUUGCUCCAACGCAUGCGCCUGGGCCCCUCCCAUGGGGACAACUCGAACGAAAGCGGUGGUGGGAGCCAUGGCAGCUGGCUGUCAGGUGGGGCUGACUUCCAAAGUGUGGCGCCAAAGGUCUCCUCGCUACUAGACCGUCUCCAGGUUGCUCGUAGUCACCUGCUGCAGAGCUGGAGCGACACGAAGCUCCACCUAGAGCAGGCGCUGCAGUUACACCUUUUUGAGCAGGACGCCACCAAGAUGUCCGAGUGGAUCGCCCACAGUAAGGAGUUGUUCAUGCAGACUCUGGUGGAGGUCGGUCAGAACCAUCAGCACGCCGUUGACUUGCAAACACAACAUCAGCACUUCACCUCAAAUGUGAUGAACGGUAGUGUGAAUGUCGACAGUGUCGUUACUGUGGCAGCCAGGCUUGCAGAGGCUGGUCACUUUGGUGCAGAAAGGAUUGCCACGGUGUCCUCACAGCUACAAGAAGACUGGAAGUUACUGACCGCAGCACUGGAAGAGCGUAGCAACACAAUAGCCAUGGCAACUGGUUUCCACCAAGGGGCAGAGCAGUUCCUUCACAAAGCAGAGGUGUGGCUUCAGACCUAUACUGAGGCAUCGCUGCCAUUAGCAACGGCUGAGCUAGAGGAAGCUGUGAAAAAACACCAGGAGCUGAAUGAGGAGAUCUCUGCCAACUACACCCAGGUCAGUGAGAGUGGUAAAGCGUUGCUGGAUGUCCUAAACCGCUGCACAGUGACAGACAACAAUGACACGUCACCUAAGCCAGACUUCACUGCCACCACACAUGGAAUCAUGGGAGUUCUGCACCAGGUCAUGCAGGGUCACCAUGACCUGGAGAAUGCAUGGCAACACCGCAAGCUACGCCUCCACCAGCGCCUUCAGCUGUGUGUGUUUCAACAGGACGUCAGACAGGUGUUGGACUGGGUGGAGCAGCACGGCGAAGUAUUCCUCAACAAGCACAGUGGUGUUGGCAAGUCUCUGCACCGAGCGCGAGCUCUUCAGAAACGCCACGACGACUUUCAGCAAGUGGCUCAGAACACUUACACCAACGCAGAGAAGCUUCUGGAAGCAGCUGACCAACUAGCUCAGUCCGGCGAAUGUGAGGAGGAAGAGAUCUACCAGGCGGCCCGAGAAUUGGAGCUCCGCAUGCAGGCGUUCAUUCAGAAGGUGGAACAAAGGAAGAUGCUGCUAGACUUGGCUGUGUCUUUCUACACACACACCAAAGAGCUGUCGUCGUGGAUGGAAGGGCUUCAGAAGCAGCUCUCGGCUGACCUCUGCAUUGGUUCUGAAUCGGUGGAAGCUCUGCAGACACUCAUGAACCAGCAACAACAGCAGCAGGCCAACACACAGGAGGCUGCAAUGAGUGUCAUCAGAGAAGGGGAAGACCUCAUCCUGCAACUCAGGCCCCAAGGCAGCUCAGUGGCCCAUGUGGAGUCGGUGCUGCAGCAACUGGAGGAGUUUCACGUUCAGCUGGAGGAAGUUUUCCAUCAGAGGAAGAUCCGAUUGGACGUUUACCUGCAAUUGCGUAUUCUACAACAGUGCAUAUUGGAGGUAACCGGUGAGAUGGAUGCCUGGAAGCAGGAGCUGCAAAAACAAUCCCAGGACCUUUCUGCUGAGAAGCGGCUAUCUGAAACAAACCAAGACAAGCAAGCACUCGGGCCAUCACGGCUAGCUGAAGCUAGCCCAGAGGCCCUUACGUUAGCACAGCAACGCAUUCACAGGCACAUGGAACGGAGGCUCGCAGUGAACAACAUGACCUAUGAGGUUGUACAGCAAGGUCACGACCUUCAGCAAUACAUCAGCGAGGUCCAGGCAACAGGAAUUGAGCUGUCAGAGGUGGAGGGCGAUCUCUCUUCUCAGGUGGAGGAGCUGCAACGCCUAAUGCUGGACAAACAGAAGGAACUGCAGCAGAUUGCAGAUCACACUCACACACACCUGGAGCAGAACCUGCAGCUUAGACACCUGCAGAACCAGGUCAAACAGGUGCUCGGUUGGAUCACUGAGGGCGAGGUCAUGUUGUCAUCCUGCAUGCUGAACUCCAGCUGUUUGUCGGAAGCUGAACAGUUGCAGAGGGAACAUGAGCGCCUCCAACAGGCCAUAGAGGCUCUCCUACAUGCUGACUCCCUGCAGAGGACCCACCAGGUGGCGCUGGCUCUACAGCAGAGAGCAGAACUGCUAGUCAGGUCAGGCCACUAUGAUCCAGAUGCAGUAAGGUCCUGUGCACAGACGGUGGCGCUGCAUUGGCAGACACUCAUGCUGCGGAUCGAAGACCGACUCAAACUGGUCAACGCAUCUGCCGCCUUCUACAGAACAUCGCAACAGGUAUGCGGUGUGCUGGAGAGUUUGGAGCAGGAGUACCGCAGGGAGGAGGACUGGUGCGGGGGUGGAGACAGACAGCCUGAGCAUCUCCUGCCUCUCAUUAACAAACACAUGGAGCAGAAGGAGGCCUUUCUUAAGGCCUGCACGCUUGCAAGAAGGAACGCGGAGGUUUUCCUCAAGUACAUCCACCGCAACAGUGUCACCAUGGCCAACAUCUCUGGCCACAAUGUCACCGUAUCGGGGGUUACUGAGGUGACUGGGCACUCACGGGUACCAGAACAACAGGUUAAAGGUAUCCUCAGCGAGUUGCUUCAGAGAGAAAAUAGAGUUCUCCAUUUUUGGACAUUAAAGAAGCGCCGACUGGAUCAGUGCCAGCAGUACGUCAUGUUCCAGAACCACGCCCAGCAGGCUCUGGAUUGGUUAGCGCAGUCAGGGGACCACUACCUAGCCACACACACGUCACCAGGGGUAACAGGGACUGAGACGCAGGAGUUACUGAACCAGCACCGACAGUUUUGUGUUUCGGCUAAGCACACCCAGGAAAAGGUUCACUUGCUCAUCCAACUGGCCGAGAGCAUGCUAUCUAAAGGCCACGCCCACCGCCUGGAGCUACGCCGUUGUGUUUCCGCUGUGGAUAAACGGUACCGGGACUUCACUGUCAGAAUGGGCCAGUAUCGUCACCUGCUGGAGACGGCGCUGGGAGGCUGCUCACAGGACAACAAGGACUUGGAACUCGAGUUGAUUCCCAACAGUCUGUCUGACUCAGACCCCGAGGUCAAUUUGUCAGACCCCAGCCACCAGGUCAGCGAUGAGAAGAGACGCUCAGCCCGCAAAAAAGAGUACAUCAUGGCGGAGCUUCUGCAGACGGAGAGAGUCUAUGUCCGAGACCUUCAAGAAUGCAUUGAGACAUACAUGUGGGAGAUGACAAGCGGCUCUGAGGACGUCCCACCCGGUCUUAACAACAGGGAUGAUGUGGUGUUCGGGAACAUCCAGGAUAUCUACGAGUUCCACAACAGUAUUUUCCUGAAGGAGCUAGAGAAUUAUGAGCAGCUUCCUGAAGAUGUGGGACAUUGUUUCGUCACCUGGGCUGACAAGUUCCACAUGUACGUGACCUACUGCAGGAACAAGCCAGACUCCAGCUUAUUGAUCCAGCAGCACGGUGCUGGCUUCUUUGAGGAGGUCCAGAGGAGACACGGGCUCGCCAACUCCAUCUCGUCAGCGCUCAUCAAACCCGUUCAGAGGAUCACGAAGUAUCAACUGCUCCUAAAGGAGUUGUUGGCGUGCUGCGAAGAAGGAAAGGGUGAGAUCAAGGAAGGCCUGGAUGUGAUGCUGAGUGUUCCCAAGAGAGCAAACGAUGCUAUGCAUGUUAGCAUGUUAGAAGGUCUUGAAGAGGGCUUAGAGGUGCAAGGUGAACUCCUGCUGCAGGACUCCUUUCUCGUUUGGGAACCAAAGUCUCUCAUCAGGAAGGGGCGUGACCGACACCUCUUCCUGUUUGAGCUGUCACUCAUCUUCAGCAAGGAAAUUAAAGAUUCAUCGGGACGAACCAAGUACCUUUACAAGAGCCGCUUGAGGACAUCAGAACUUGGUGUGACUGAACACAUAGAAGGGGAUCCUUGUAAAUUUGCGCUUUGGGUUGGCAGGACGCCAACUUCGGACAACAAGACUGUUCUGAAAGCAUCGUCCUUGGAGGUGAAGCAGGAGUGGGUCCGCAGCAUUCGCCAGGUGAUCCAGGAGAGGCGGGGUCACCUGCGCGGGGCACUGAGAGAGCCCAUCCCCCUUCCGAAAACCCCCAAUCUGACUCUUGGGCGACAACGCAGCAUCACACGCAGAGAGACCAGCGAAGAUGCCGACAGCUUGGGCGACGCCAGCAGUCAGCCCGACACUGUCUCUAUCGCCUCCCGAACAUCCCAAAACACUGCAGACAGCGACAAGCUGUCAGGAGGCUGUGAGUUAGUGGUGGUGCUGCUGGAUUUCUCCUCUGGGUCACCUGGGGAGCUCAGUGUCCGCUGCGGUCAGACUGUGGAGCUAGUGGAGCGCUCGGCCGAGCGAGCCGGCUGGUGUCUGGUCAGAACCACCGAUCAAACUCCACAACAGGAGGGCUUGUUGCCGAUGAGUGCACUCUGCCUGUCACACUCCCACAGUGCGGCCGACAUGGAAACACUGGUCCCGGCGUCCCCUGCCUCCUCAGGCAAUGCCCCGUCCUGUAUCACCACCACCUCCUUCAGUGCCUCCAAUUCAUCCUCGCUGACAAGCUCUGGGAAGGAUUCUGGACCGUUAACCCCUGAGAUAGUUGGGCUGCACGCUCACCCCACUCAAAGUGGGACAUCCACUGUUGUCUCCAAUGUGGGAGGGGCUCCAGGGGGCGCUGCCAGUUCACCGGCACCAAAACGUAGUGGCUCAGGGACAGGAAACACCUUGAAGCGCUGGUUGACCAGUCCCGUUAGGAGGCUGAGUCAAGGAAAAGCAGAUGGCCAGAAGAAGGCUCCAAUCCGAAAUAGGAGGCGAGACAACAGACCAGAUGUGACUAUGCCUCUCACAGGGAACUCAACAAUGAAGGCGAAGAAGGAGGAAGCAGGACAAAGCGGAGGAGAGGAGGAGCCAGAGGAAGAAAGUCACACCCCUUUGCCACCCCCCAUGCAGAUCAUCAAAGAUCCCAACAACACCGCGGCACUUGACUCAGACCAAAGUUCAGAGUCGGACAGUGAGCACACAAACAAAGCUAUGAGAGGACGCAUGUUUGUAGUGAGCGAGAUGGUCCAAUCAGAGAAGGACUACGUGAAGGACUUGGGUGUCAUCGUUGAGGGCUUUAUGUCAAGGUUGGAUGUCAGAGGAAUCCCAGAGGACAUGAGAGGAAAAGACAAGAUCGUUUUUGGCAACAUCCAGCAGAUCUACGACUGGCAUCGCGAUUUCUUCCUGGUCGAGUUGGAGCGUUGCAUUCAAAAUCACGACCUACUGGCCGACCUCUUCAUCAGACAUGAGCGUCGCCUUCACAUGUACGUGGUUUACUGUCAGAACAAGCCGCGAUCAGAGUACAUCGUCAUCGAGUAUGAGUCCUUCUUUGAGGAGAUCCAGCAUGAGAUCAGCUGCAGGAUGUCCAUCAGUGAUUACCUAAUCAAGCCCAUCCAGAGGAUCACCAAGUAUCAGCUCCUGCUGAAGGAUUUCUUGAAGUACACGGCCAAAGCUGGGCUGGACUGCGAGGAAAUUGACAAAGCACUGGAGCUGAUGUCGCUGGUCCCGAAGCGCUGCAAUGACAUGAUGAACCUCGGCCGCCUGCAGGGAUAUGAGGGGAAGUUGACCUCUCAGGGUAAGCUGCUGCAACAGGAGACCUUCUGUGUGUGGGAGCAGGAUGGCGGAGUUUUGUCUCGGAGCAAAGAGCGCCGGGUUUUCCUGUUCGAGCAGAUCAUUAUCUUCAGCGAACUCCUCCGCAAAGGAUCCAACAACCCCGGAUACCAGUUCAAGAACAGCAUUAAGGUGAGUUACCUGGCCAUGCAGGAGAGCGUGGAAGGAGACCCCUGUAAGUUUAUGCUGUGGUCUCGCGGCUCGGCGGAGCGCUUCACGCUCCAGGCGUCCUCCACCAGCAUCAAGACCACAUGGGUGGAGAACAUUGCCGCCCUGCUAGACGCUCAGAACAACUUCCUGUCUGCUCUCCAGUCUCCUAUCGAGUACCAGAAAAAGGAAGGUGGGAUAACAAUGACCCGCCCGCUGUCGUCAGGACGAUCACCUUCAGCCCCACCCACACCAAAUGGCCACGCUCCUCAGCCAUUGCACGACAGCGAUCAGGAGGUCCAGGAGUUGGUGCUGGUUCUUCAGGACUUUGUGGCCGUACGCGAAGACGAGAUCUGCGUGUUCCGAGGAGAGAAGGUUCAAAUUCUGGCCUCCAACCAACAGGGUCAGAGUCUCGUGUACCGACCAGCAAAUAGCGACUCGCCGGCAGCCGAAGGCUGGGUGGCACGCAGCGCACUCGACACACAAUAACACACUCACACACACACACACACACACCGAAUCCCUGUAGCAGGUAAAGUUAGGCCCGCCCUCCUUCCUGUGGUUUCAGUGUAAAAACACACCUUCAGACAUCAUCCAUUCAGGACUGCCAUCUGAUUGGUCUCCAAGCUAAUCACAGAUGACACCACAAACUUUGCAUCCGGGAACCUGCCGUUGCCUAGCAACUAGACAGUUUUAAAAAAUAAUAAAAAGAAAAAAAGAACCGGAUCUUUUGGAUGUCUCUGCGUGACUCUGCCCCCGGAUGCACAUACUGUAUAUUGUACUGCAUACAUGCCACUGACUGGAUGAAGAUUAUGAUGAUGGAUAUGAAGAUUAAUGGAAUCUGUUUUUCACCUUAAUAGAGAAACUGUUUGUCAUAUUCGUGUGUGUGAGAGAGGGAGUGUAUGUGUUAGUGGCGUCUUCCUGUGUAGGUUUUUAUCCACUGAUCGUUAGGUGGAUCGUUAUCCACUGUAGCAUUGCCAUCACAACCAUUGUGUUGGCGGUUAAACCUUUAUUUCAUGAUUUUUGUUUUGUUCUGGCACACCAGAAUAGACCUUUUCACCAUGUCGUCACACAUACUUCCGGGUGGCAAGAGACAGCGCAAUCUCCGACGGCACCACUAGUACACAUAUGCUUAAGUGUGCCGCACUCUGAAGCUAUCUGGUGAACAGUCAUUUUGAGACCAUUUGCUCAGCAGGUUGCUCUGUGUGUGUGUGUGUGUGUGUGUGUGUCUGUGUGUGUGUGUGUGUGUGUGUGUGACAGUGUGUAAUUUUCAGUGAGUUUUCUGCCUCAUGAGGCCUUGAGACAAAAAUCUGAGAUGUUUGACAUUUUUCACCUCGCUGGAUGAAAAACUCACUGUGUGAACGCUACUCGAGCUACGUCCUAAGGGCAAAAAUUGAGGUGACCAAUCAAAGCGCAUAGUCCUGUCACAUGAUUUCAAGAUGGCGGCAUCCAGCCCCUGCUGGAGCGGUUCGCAGCCGAGUGUGAAGUGGCACCUCCAAUUCUGAGACCAUGCUUCUCAGUCGGAUGAGGAUGGAGUGCUCUUUUCAGGUCUGAAUUGACGUUCUACCCAAAGUAGAGGAGUUGAAGUAGCUCGGGUUCUUGUUCACCAGUAAGCUAAGAAUGGGAGAUCAACUGGCGGAUCGGUGCAGCAUCUGCAGUGAUGGGGACUCUGCAUUGGUCUGCCGCAGAAGGAGCUGAGCCGAAAAGCAAAGCUCUCGAUUUACCACCCUCACUCAUGGUAAGGAGCUGCGAGUUGUAACUGAAAGAACAAGAUCACGGAUAUAAAUGACUGAUAUGAGUUUUUGGAGGGGCUUGGUGUAGAGCCGCUGCUCCUCCGCAUUGACAGGAGCCAGUUGAGGUGGCUCGGGCAUCUGCUUAGGAUGCCACCUAGACGAGGUGUUCUGGGAACAUUCCACCGGGAGAAGGCCCCGGGUAAGACCCAAAACACACUUGAGAGACUAUGUCUUUUGGUCUUUCUUGGAACAUCUCGGAAAAAGCCGGAAGAGCUGGAUGAAGUGGCUGGGGAAAAGGAAGUCCGGGUUUCUCUGGUUAGGUUGCUGCCCCCGUGACCCGACCCCAGAUAACCAGAAGAAAUUGGAUGGAUGGAUGUGCCCCCACCAAAGUUGUCAGCAGCUACAUAUUUGAGGAUAAAUUGGCUAUGUGGCCAGACGUUGCCUCAUCCGAUUUCAUUAAAGUCCCUCUCAAAGUCACCAAAAAAAUGUCUUGUGAAUUUGACACAUCAAAGAUGAGGCUUCUUAAGAAGCAGGACAAGGAAUGAAUGAAUACAAAAAUUGCAAUGUAUGUGAAAUCAAGCUUCAAAAUAGUAAACAAUUGAGACAUUUUUUCAGCUUCCAGAAGCUGUUGCUGAGUUCUCUGUAAACCCCGCCUGCCCGUAACUUUCAGCUGUCAAUCAAAUAUGUGCCUUCUCUCACAGCUCUGAAGUGGGGAAAGGAGAAUUCCCAGCGAUGCGCAUCGCACACACACACACAUGGACUGCAGAACCACUGUGUGGUGACAACGCCGCCUCUGAGCCCCAUGCUGGGACAAUUUUCCCUCGUUUGCCUUUGUUGAAAUUCACCUGGCAUUGUGCUGCUGUGGCCACCAAAGGGUGCAUGUGCGACGACAGCAGUGUGGUGCACAGCGGUCCCCCUCUGUGAUUCCGCCACCCAUGCUUCCUCGCCCCACGACGUCAGGUCCACCAACUGUGUGGCUGACAACCCUAACGCUGUUGUGCGGGACCUCUAGCGAUUACUCUAACUGCUGGCAAGGGGCCACAGGAUGGCGGAUCCUGUCCGGUUCGCCACUGCCUUGCAACACAACAUACGUGGGAUCAGACGGCACAGACAUCAUAGCCCAAACAACACAAAACACAAACUUUAGGGAAGAUAGUCAUAGUUUGAUGGCUAACUGCGCAUGGUAUACUGGUAGAACUGGGGCAAGUUAAUGACUAAGGAAGUGGCAAUUCCACUGAAUGGCCACUGCAUUUAAUAAGGGUGCUUGUUGUUUAUAAUUAAUUAAUUAUACACCCCUCAGCCAGCUUUCAUCAAAAAUUCUGGGCAAUUGAGGGGAGAGUUUUAAACUAUACCUCAACAAUUCAUUACUAUACUGUUCGAAGUCUUUGCACAUUUUCAGCAUUUCAAACAUAUGUAAUGUAUUUAUUAACAAAACAUGACAAUGACUUUGGAGGGGACUUUAAUGAAACUGAAAACACUGAUGAAAUUAUGUUACUCAUUUUUAUUGAUGAGGCGUCACCAUCCUGAAGUACCUGUAUGAAGGAGAAUGUGGACAAGGCCAUGUGUACAGCGAAGGGCUGGGCGUGGCGUAUAUGCCAACCUUCUUCACAUGUUAUGCCGAGGAGACCCUAAAUCAUUUCGGCAGUAUAGCUGACUGAGUAGCGAAAGUUUGAGAGAGUACUGGAAAUGGUGGGCUGCCUGAUGGCAGUCAUCACUUUUUGAAAUUGAAAGAUCUUACAUCAUAUAAGAAGGUAUAAUCUGGCCGCUUACUGACCAAGUUAUCCUGAUCUUGAAGAUGUAGUUGCUGAAAACAUUGCUGGGGCCCACCAUCUUGAAAUCGGGUGAACCGAGGAUGCAUUUUGAUUGGCUACCUGAAUUUCUGCCCUCAGCAUUCAGCUCAAAUAGCGCUCACAAUGGUGAUUUUUCUUUUCACCUCACGAGGUGAAAAAUAUCAAAAAUGUUUGAAAUGCCUUUCAAGGUCUUGUGAGGCAGGAAACUCUCUAAAAACUGCUCCCCAAAAACUGCUGAAAAAUAAAAUCUGCUGAGCAAACAGUCUCGAAUGACUUUUUGUUCAGCAGAUCGCUCCAGUGUGUAGAAGACUUGACGUCAUUUGACCAAUGCAGAGAGAUUGAACGGAGGAAAAGGAAAAUUUGAAUUUUCAGAAAAUUUUAGCCUUCUUCUCUACCAACCUAUAGUUUGAACAUGUGAUGUGUCAGUUGAAAAUAUCCUACGAGGCAAAAGAUGGAACGGGGGUAAUAAUUUACAUUUAAACUGGUAAGCUGAUUUAAAAAAAAAAAAAAGACAUGGUGAAAAUUCAGAUAUACAGUAGUUAACAUCAUUUAGGGACUGACUAAUUGACUUUUCUGUUCCUUGGAAUAACGGCCUAGAUUUGCUCUUUUAAGGCUGAAAUUGAUAGCACGUCCCUUUAGAAGUGGCCACUAGGGAGUCUUGCGAUCUUCUUUGUACUACUACGACAUCCACUCAAUUUACAUACAUGUUCCGCUGAAUUAAUUUCUAUUUAUUGUUUUUAAGGAAAUUGAAAACACAAAUAAGUUUGUGGUAUAUGCUAUGUGGUAUGUCGGCACACCCCAAACAUACGUUUUUGUUAUCGAUUUUAGUUCAGGUCUGCGGUAGUCACUUGCAUUCUGCUCCCUGGAAGCACCCUGAUGCCUAUUGUUUACAAACUUUCUGAAAAGGUCUACUGUCUCUCUUGGCCACCACCACCAUUAUCAUCCCAACCUGUGGUGGGGCCACUAUGGUGACUUCAUAUGUGCAGCUCUGCUCACUUUGGAUCUACUGAUUAUGCAUUUCUCGUUUAUGUUCAUAUAUGACACUGUCUGUCCCGCUGUCCAACUUUUGCCCAUCUCGCUUCCUGACUCUCAUCUCAUCCAGCAUCCUGCCCAUUUCCCUGUCCAAGUUCUGGUUUCUCUGUCCAACCUCUUUUCGUUCUCCUUCUACGGAUCCUUCCUCUCUGCCCAAUUUCUCUCCGUGUCCCAACUUCCUGUUUCCUGUCAACCUCUCUACAUGUCUGUCUUUCUUCUGGUGCCAUUCUCAGACAACACCCUCGUCCUUAAGGAACUAUGCAGCCUGAAAAAGUAGUGCUGGGUUUAAGGUAGAAUGUAGCGCUUAGUUUUUGACAGGUUUACAGUGAUGUGUAGUUGCUUUAUGUAGGUUUUAAGCUUGAAUAUAGUGGGCUGUUAAAAAGAAGUAAGGUUGUAAAAUUUCCGGAAAGUUUCCGGUAAAUUUCCAUGGGAAGAUAAACUGGGGAAUUUUGGAAAUAUUCCAAACUGGGAACUUUCCUUGGGAAUAAAGUGGUAAUUGGUGGUAAAUUAAUGAAAGCUCAUCACAUUCAAGUAUAAACCUUACGUUGACAUCCAUGCAAAAUAAUACAAUUAAACAUGACAAUUCAAUAGAUUUAUUUGGAAUUAGAAUUUUAUCAUUUUAAAUAUUUAAUUGAGCAAAACAUAAAUGUUGACUUAAAUAUUACUCAUCCCCCCCCCCCCCCCCCCCCCCCCCCAAUCCAACCUGUUAAAAAAUGUUCAGCUGUUAAGAGACAACCUUCAAUGUUAUCUAUUCCCAUGGAAAGUUCCCAACUUUGAAAAAUCUGCUUUUUAAAAUUGUUUUUUUUUUUGCAACCCUACUAAGUAGUGGGGAAUAUAGCCCCUUGUGAGUCGUUUAAGGUGGAAAAUAGUGACCACUGCGGUAGAAUGAAUACAUUACAUUCAAAGGCAGGGGUGGGCAAACUAGGACCCUGGGGCCAAAUUAGACCUGCUCCAAUCUUGAAUUUGGCCCACCGAGCAUUUAAAUGAUCAAGAGUACUGUAAUAUUUAUUUAUUUUAUUUAUGCUUUUUUUUCCCCUAAAAAUGAUUUGAUUAAAAUGUAUUUACUGUGUUUUUACAUGGAUUUCUAAAUUGAAUAAUCGGUUAAAGGGGAUUUUUGCAAUUUUCCUCAGACGUGAUGGUUUCUUGUACCUAUCACAAAUUAAAGGCAAAGGAUGAGGCCAGAGAGGUGAUUUGUUUCACAGCUCUUUAUCAAAAUUGCUGUUUUAACAAAAAAAAAUUUAAUAGCAAAGUCCCCCUUUGAUUAAUUGUAAAUAACUUAAAAUGACUAAAUAGACAAUUUGAAAUCAUUUAAAUUGGUCUUAAUUUUUAUUAAAUUAGAAAUUAUGCAUUUCAAAAAUGCAAAUGAUUUAUUAUAACACAUACACAUUUAAAAAAAUAAAUUGUUACCUAAUCUACAAAUAACCUGGGCCGUCUGUUAAUUUUAAAAAUUAAAUGUGACCCUUGGGCACAAAUGUUUGCCCACCCCUGUUCUAAAGUGUUUUAGAGGGAAUGUGGUACACUAUAUCAAUGCAUCGCACUAUAAAUGAUUUAAAUCGGAAAUGCAGUGCAACGACAAAGGGUUUGAGGUAAAACAUGGUGCAUUACGUUUGUUGGCUUUAAAGGGGAACUCACCCCCACUUGAUUUGUAUUUUUUGCAAGAAUCGUUUGUAAUAUGGCAGUAUUUGUCAAAACAGGGUACUGUGAUUAAAGCAGAGUAAAUUGGCCCACAGCGCGUUGUGGCUUGCUACCGUAAUAAAUAGUAUGAGCAAUCAUUGUGGCGGCUGGAUUAACUUUGACAGCCAGACCUCAUGUUGCCACCAACAUCAACACAACACCAUCCCUAAACCAAGUUCUAUCACUAACUACAUUGCCAUUGUUUAAAAUUGCAUAAUACCGAGUCAGUUGAUGGCGGCUAGCGGCCAGUGUUACUGUGGUCCUGAUGUCACUUCAUCCUAUCGCCCAACAUGGUGCCCGCCUUAGAUUUGCAAAAUAUCCUCUGGUUCUUUCUUAUUCCACUAACGCAGUAUUAAUCAGAGUACUGUAUUUUGAGAAGUGCUGGCACCUACAACCUCUUCUGGCAACAACAAAAAAAGGGUUUAGUUCCCCUUUGGGAUCAGAUGUAGUGCACUGCGAAGGUUUUAAGAUGGAUUGUAGUGCACGCCUCAGUUUUUAGGCCUAUGCUAGAGCACUAAUAAAGGUGAUGAAAAGCACACUAUGAAGGGUCAAGAUGGGAAUUGAGAGUUGGUGGUGCUGUUUGAGUGCCAACCCCGUUGGCGAGCAGAAGAACGAAUCGACCAAUCAAACAGUGUUAUUUAUACAAAUCUAACAGCUGCUAAGUGACCACUAACAGCUCUGUGUCAAAUGUUUGUAAUAAACUCCAUUUUUCAUCCAAGA